AUGUUCUCUCGGGCGGGCGUCGCUGGCCUCUCGGCCUGGACUGUGCAGCCACAAUGGAUCCAAGUUCGAAACAUGGCAACUUUGAAAGAUAUUACCAGGCGACUAAAAUCAAUCAAAAACAUCCAGAAGAUUACCAAGUCUAUGAAAAUGGUAGCAGCAGCGAAAUACGCCCGAGCUGAGAGGGAGCUGAAACCAGCCCGAGUGUAUGGAGUGGGGUCCUUGGCUCUUUAUGAAAAGGCUGAUAUUAAGACUCCUGAAGACAAGAAGAAGCACGUCAUUAUCGGUGUGUCCUCAGACCGAGGGCUCUGCGGUGCCAUUCACUCCUCGGUUGCUAAACAGAUAAAAAGUGAGGCGGCCAACCUUGCAGCAGCCGGGAAAGAAGUUAAGAUUAUUGGAGUUGGUGAUAAAAUCAGGAGUAUACUUCACAGGACUCAUUCUGACCAGUUUCUGGUGACGUUCAAAGAAGUGGGGAGGAGGCCCCCUACCUUUGGGGAUGCCUCGGUCAUUGCCCUCGAGCUGUUAAAUUCGGGAUAUGAAUUUGAUGAAGGGUCUGUCAUCUUUAACCGAUUCAGGUCUGUCAUCUCCUACAAGACAGAGGAAAAGCCCAUCUUUUCCCUUGACACCAUUUCAGGUGCUGAGAGCAUGAGUAUCUACGAUGACAUUGAUGCUGAUGUGCUGCGGAAUUACCAGGAAUACAGCCUGGCCAACAUCAUCUACUACUCCCUGAAGGAAUCCACCACGAGUGAGCAGAGCGCCAGGAUGACGGCCAUGGACAACGCCAGCAAGAAUGCGUCUGAAAUGAUUGACAAAUUGACUUUGACAUUCAAUCGCACCCGCCAAGCUGUCAUCACCAAGGAGCUGAUAGAAAUCAUCUCUGGUGCUGCGGCUCUGUAA